GACAGCUGAGACCCGAAGAUUCAGAGGCAGAUGGUGAGGCCGAUGCAGAAGAUGAUUCUAUAAGUGAAGUGACAACUGAAAGUAUAAGACCUAGGCCACAAGGAUCUUCUCCAGUGUAUGAAUAUUGCAUAGAAGAUGAAUAUUUUAACAAAAAGCUUCAGCAAGAUAUAGAGAACAGACAAAGAAGAGACUCCACCUUCAAAAUGAGUGAUUCACAGGAAUCGAUGGAAGUGACGUUACAAACCGAUGUGGAAUCUGGCGCAAGUGGAUUCAGUGUAGCUGGUGGGGGAGCCGAUGGCAUAUUUGUGAAGCAAGUGCUCAAGGAGUCCCCAGCAUCAAACCUAUUUAGUCUAAGAGAAGGUGAUCAGCUUUUGAGUGCCACAAUCUUUUUUGAUAAUAUCAAAUAUGAAGAUGCACUUAAAAUACUACAGUAUUCUGAACCAUACAAAGUACAGUUCAAUCUUAAAAGGAAAUUUGUUGGGAAAGAUGAGUUGGAAGCAAUACAUUCCGUAACACAGUCCAAAAAGGAAAAAUUAAGUCAGGGAAUGGAUACAAUGGAAAUAUCUGAGAAGACAAUCUCAGAGGAAGAUAAAGCAAACUUAAUUGUAAAACAAAGAGUGGGAAGACCAAAAAGAACCAAAAAGGAUAGACUCUCGUGGCCAAAAUUCCAGUCAAUUAAGGGAAAGAAGAUUUUGGGGCCCAGAAGAUCUCGAAGUACAUCAGAUGCAUAUGAACAUGGAAUUCCAGAUGUUUCUCCUACAAGCACAGAUACAGAAUUCCAGCCAGAAGAAAUUCAUGGGAAAGUUAAAAAGCAAAGUCAAAAGAAACUAAAGUUUCCAACUAUUGGAUUUAAGAUGCACAAAAGUAAACAAGAACCAUAUGAAAUAAAUCCAUUCAAAGAAUAUGAGACUGCUACUGCUGUGGAACUCUCAGAGGUAACGACAAAAGAGUAUACUUCAUUAGAUGUAGACAGAAAAUCAAAAGAAAAAGAGCCAAAAAGAGGUGUGUCAGACACAGUAUUUCCACUUCCACAACAUACAAGAAAAUACCCUGAUGUUGAGCUGACUAUUACAAAAUCCAAAGAGAAGAAAUUAAAAUCCAAUAUAGAAUUUACAAAACAAGAACCUACGGUUACAACAACACAGAUGAAAACAGCAGUAAUUCAAACAAAAGACAUUACAGACUCUCAGAUCAAAGUUUCACAAAAAAUUCCAAAAACGAGGAAAAAAAAGCAAAAAGAUUCAAAAGUACAAAUUGAAACCCAAUAUCAGAAAGAGGAAAAAGAAAAAGAAACAAAUAUUGCUACCAAGUAUGCAUUACCACAAACUGAAGCUCGCAAAGCUGAGAUGGACAUCAAAAUGCCUAAAAUGGAUUUCUCCCUUCCCAAAGUUGACCAUAAGGAUACCAAACCUGAACUUAAGAUGGGGGAAAUUACUGCUGAUAUAAAAAUCUCAGAAUUUGACAUAAAGGCAACAGCAGGCCAGGAAAUUUUGGAAUUGAAAACAAAUAUUAUAUCGGAUGAAAUUUGUACAGAUGGCUCAGCCAUUACACUGGAAGAUGACGAAACUAGGUUCAAAAUGUUAAAAUUACAAAUGCCUAGGUUUGAGAUAUCACUUCCCAAACAGAAAGAUAUUCCACAGGGAGAACUUUCCAUAUCUUCCAUGGAAGCAGACUUCCCCAAAACUGGACUGAAAACGGAACUGAAAACUGCAGAGAUUGAAGCUGACAAUAAGCUGACAGAAAUGGAGAUAGAGGCCCCAACUCUGGAUGUGAAGAUAGGGGAGAAGGGCAAAAUCAAAAUGCCUGCAGUAAAGAUGCCUACCGUCAAGGUCGCCAAACUUAAAACACCAGACGAAGGGAUCUCCCUGCCAAAGGUUGAGACUGACAUCACCCUUCCCAAAGGGAAAGUUGAAGUGUCUGAUGAUGCAGCGGCCAUAAAAUUGCCAGAGGCUGAAGGCACCAUCGAUGGGGCAGGACGGAAAAUACAUAUGCCAAAGUUCAAGAUGCCCAGCAUGGGGUUCUCUAAACCAGACAUCAAGGGCCCCCAAAUCGAUGUGGAUGUCAGUAUGCCUAAAGUGGACGUUUCUUGUCCUGAGGUUGAGCUCCACAUUGAGAAGCCAGAGGUGAAGGGAGGAGAUAUUACCAUAUCAGCACCAGACGUAAAGUUUCCAACAGACUCAGCCAGCCUGGAACUCAAAGCUCCCGAAGUAGACGUAGAGGCUCCCUCUGGAAAGGUUUCUGUGCAGGACCCCGAUCUUAAGUUGGAAAGCGGGGAUAGGAAGUUCCAAAUGCCCAAGUUCCAUAUGCCCAAAUUUGGAAUUUCACUUCCCAAAGGAAAAGGUAUCCCGGAGGCAGAAAUCAGCGUACCUUCUGUGGAAGCAGAGCUGCCAAAGACAGAAUUGAAAGGAGAAGUUUCACUGCCCACUGCAGAGAUUGAGACUGAUCUUAAGCUUCCACAAGUGGAGGUAGAAGCCCCUCGCUUAGACAUGGAUAUAGGAGAUAAGGGCAAAAUCAAAAUGCCUGAAGUAAAGAUGCCUAGUGUCAAGGUCCCGAAGCUCAAAGGGCCAGAAGUAGGGGUCACCCUGCCAAAGGUUGAAACUGACAUCACCCUUCCCAAAGGGAGAGUUGAAGUGUCUGAUGGUGCAGCUGCUGUAAAAUUGCCAGAGGCUGAAGGCACCAUUGAUGGGGCAGGACGGAAGAUGCACAUGCCAAAGUUCAAGAUGCCCAGCAUGGGGUUCUCUAAACCAGAAAUCAAGGGCCCCAAAAUCGAUGUUGACAUCGGUAUGCCUCAAGUGGACGUUUCUCUUCCGGAAGCUGAGCUCCACAUUGAGAAGCCAGAGGUGAAGGGAGCAGAUAUUACCAUAUCAGCACCAGAUGUAAAGAUUCCAACAGGCUCGGCCACCCUGGAACUCAAAGCUCCCGAAGUAGACGUAGAGGCUCCCUCUGGAAAAGUUUCUGCGCAGGGUCCCGAUCUUAAGCUGGAAAGCGGGGAUAGGAAGUUCCAAAUGCCCAAGUUCCAUAUGCCCAAAUUUGGAAUUUCACAUCCCAAAGGAAAAGGUAUCCCGGAGGUAGAAAUGAGCGUACCUUCUUUGGAAGCAGAGCUGCCAAAGACAGAAUUGAAAGCAGAAGUUUCACUGCCCACUGCAGAGAUUGAGACCGAUCUUAAGCUUCCACAAGUGGAGGUAGAUGCCCCUCGCUUAGACAUGGAUAUAGGAGAUAAGGGCAAAAUCAAAAUGCCUGAAGUGAAGCUGCCUAGUGUCAAGGUCCCGAAGCUCAAAGGGCCAGAAGUAGGGGUCACCCUGCCAAAGGUUGAAACUGACAUCACCCUUCCCAAAGGGAGAGUUGAAGUGUCUGAUGGUGCAGCUGCUGUAAAAUUGCCAGAGGCUGAAGGCACCAUUGAUGGGGCAGGACGGAAGAUACACAUGCCAAAGUUCAAGAUGCCCAGCAUGGGGUUCUCUAAACCAGAAAUCAAGGGCCCCAAAAUCGAUGUUGACAUUGGUAUGCCUCAAGUGGACGUUUCUCUUCCGGAAGCUGAGCUCCACAUUGAGAAGCCAGAGGUGAAGGGAGCAGAUAUUACCAUAUCAGCACCAGAUGUAAAGAUUCCAACAGGCUCGGCCACACUGGAACUCAAAGCUCCCGAAGUAGACGUAGAGGCUCCCUCUGGAAAAGUUUCUGCGCAGGGCCCCGAUCUUAAGCUGGAAAGCGGGGAUAGGAAGUUCCAAAUGCCCAAGUUCCAUAUGCCCAAAUUUGGAAUUUCACAUCCCAAAGGAAAAGGUAUCCCGGAGGCAGAAAUGAGCGUACCUUCUUUGGAAGCAGAGCUGCCAAAGACAGAAUUGAAAGCAGAAGUUUCACUGCCCACGGCAGAGAUUGAGACUGAUCUUAAGCUUCCACAAGUGGAGGUAGAUGCCCCUCGCUUAGACAUGGAUAUAGGAGAUAAGGGCAAAAUCAAAAUGCCUGAAGUGAAGCUGCCUAGUGUCAAGGUCCCGAAGCUCAAAGGGCCAGAAGUAGGGGUCACCCUGCCAAAGGUUGAAACUGACAUCACCCUUCCCAAAGGGAGAGUUGAAGUGUCUGAUGGUGCAGCUGCUGUAAAAUUGCCAGAGGCUGAAGGCACCAUUGAUGGGGCAGGACGGAAGAUACACAUGCCAAAGUUCAAGAUGCCCAGCAUGGGGUUCUCUAAACCAGAAAUCAAGGGCCCCAAAAUCGAUGUUGACAUCGGUAUGCCUCAAGUGGACGUUUCUCUUCCGGAAGCUGAGCUCCACAUUGAGAAGCCAGAGGGGAAGGGAGCAGAUAUUACCAUAUCAGCACCAGAUGUAAAGAUUCCAACAGGCUCGGCCACCCUGGAACUCAAAGCUCCCGAAGUAGACGUAGAGGCUCCCUCUGGAAAAGUUUCUGCGCAGGGCCCCGAUCUUAAGCUGGAAAGCGGGGAUAGGAAGUUCCAAAUGCCCAAGUUCCAUAUGCCCAAAUUUGGAAUUUCACAUCCCAAAGGAAAAGGUAUCCCGGAGGCAGAAAUGAGCGUACCUUCUUUGGAAGCAGAGCUGCCAAAGACAGAAUUGAAAGCAGAAGUUUCACUGCCCACUGCAGAGAUUGAGACCGAUCUUAAGCUUCCACAAGUGGAGGUAGAUGCCCCUCGCUUAGACAUGGAUAUUGGAGAUAAGGGCAAAAUCAAAAUGCCUGAAGUGAAGCUGCCUAGUGUCAAGGUCCCGAAGCUCAAAGGGCCAGAAGCAGGGGGCACCCAGCCAAAGAUUGAGACUGAUAUCACCCUUCCCAAAGGGAAAGUUGAAGUUUCUGUUGGUACAGCAGCCAUAAAAUUGCCAGAGGCUGAAGGCACCAUCGAUGGGGGAGGACUGAAGAUACACAAGCCAAAAUUCAAGAUGCCCAGCAUGGGAUUCUCUAAACCAGACAUCAAGGGCCCCAAAAUCGAUGUGGAUGCCAGUAUGCCUAAAGUGGACGUUUCGCUUCCGGAAGCUGAGCUCCACCUUGCGAAGCCGGAGGUGACGAAAGGUGAUAUGACCAUAUCAGCACCAGACGUAAAGAUUCCAAUGGGGUCAGGUAAACUAGAACUCAAAGCUCCCGAAGUAGACGUAGAGGCUCCUUCUGGAAAGGUUUCUGUGCAGGGCCCCGAUCUUAAGCUGGAAAGCGGGGAUAGGAAGUUCCACAUGCCCAAGUUCCAUAUGCCCAAAUUUGGAAUUUCACUUCCCAAAGGUAAAGGUAUCCCAGAGGCAGAAAUCAGUGUACCUUCUGUGGAAGCAGAGUUGCCAAAAACAGAAUUGAAAGCAGAAGUGUCACUGCCCUCUGUAGAGCUUGAGACUGAUCUUAAGCUUCCACAAGUGGAGGUAGAUGCCCCUCGCUUGGACAUGGAUAUUGGAGAUAAGGGCAAAAUCAAAAUGCCUGAAGUGAAGAUGCCUAGUGUCAAGGUCCCAAAGCUCAAAGGGCCAGAAGUAGGGGUCACCCUGCCAAAGGUUGAGACUGACAUCACCCUUCCCAAAGGGAAAGUUGAAGUGUCUGAUGGUGCAGUGGCAGUAAAAUUGCCAGAGGCUGAAGGCACCAUCGAUGGGACAGGACGGAAAAUACACAUGCCAAAGUUUAAGAUGCCCAGCAUGGGAUUCUCUAAACCAGACAUAAAGGGCCCCCAAAUCGAUGUGGAUGUCAGUAUGCCUAAAGUGGACGUUUCUCAUCCUGAGGUUGAGCUCCAUGUUGAGAAGCCAGAGGUGAAGGGAGCAGAUAUUACCAUAUCAGCACCAGACAUAAAGUUUCCAACAGACUCAGCCAGCCUGGAACUCAAAGCUCCUGAAGUAGACAUAGAGGCUCCUUCUGGAAAGGUUUCUGUGCAGGGCCCCGAUCUUAAGCUGGAAAGCGGGGAUAGGAAGUUCCAAAUGCCCAAGUUCCAUAUGCCCAAAUUUGGAAUUUCACUUCCCAAAGGAAAAGGUAUCCCGGAGGCAGAAAUCAGCGUACCUUCUGUGGAAGCAGAGCUGCCAAAGACAGAAUUGAAAGGAGAAGUUUCACUGCCCACUGCAGAGAUUGAGACCGAUCUUAAGCUUCCACAAGUGGAGGUAGAAGCCCCUCGCUUAGACAUGGAUAUAGGAGAUAAGGGCAAAAUCAAAAUGCCUGAAGUAAAGAUGCCUAGUGUCAAGGUCCCGAAGCUCAAAGGGCCAGAAGUAGGGGUCACCCUGCCAAAGGUUGAAACUGACAUCACCCUUCCCAAAGGGAGAGUUGAAGUGUCUGAUGGUGCAGCUGCUGUAAAAUUGCCAGAGGCUGAAGGCACCACUGAUGGGGCAGGACGGAAGAUACACAUGCCAAAGUUCAAGAUGCCCAGCAUGGGGUUCUCUAAACCAGAAAUCAAGGGCCCCAAAAUCGAUGUUGACAUUGGUAUGCCUCAAGUGGACGUUUCUCUUCCGGAAGCUGAGCUCCACAUUGAGAAGCCAGAGGUGAAGGGAGCAGAUAUUACCAUAUCAGCACCAGAUGUAAAGAUUCCAACAGGCUCUGCCACCCUGGAACUCAAAGCUCCCGAAGUAGACGUAGAGGCUCCCUCUGGAAAAGUUUCUGCGCAGGGCCCCGAUCUUAAGCUGGAAAGCGGGGAUAGGAAGUUCCAAAUGCCCAAGUUCCAUAUGCCCAAAUUUGGAAUUUCACAUCCCAAAGGAAAAGGUAUCCCGGAGGCAGAAAUGAGCGUACCUUCUUUGGAAGCAGAGCUGCCAAAGACAGAAUUGAAAGCAGAACUUUCACUGCCCACUGCAGAGAUUGAGACCGAUCUUAAGCUUCCACAAGUGGAGGUAGAAGCCCCUCGCUUAGACAUGGAUAUAGGAGAUAAGGGCAAAAUCAAAAUGCCUGAAGUGAAGCUGCCUAGUGUCAAGGUCCCGAAGCUCAAAGGGCCAGAAGUAGGGGUCACCCUGCCAAAGGUUGAAACUGACAUCACCCUUCCCAAAGGGAGAGUUGAAGUGUCUGAUGGUGCAGCUGCUGUAAAAUUGCCAGAGGCUGAAGGCACCAUUGAUGGGGCAGGACGGAAUAUACACAUGCCAAAGUUCAAGAUGCCCAGCAUGGGGUUCUCUAAACCAGAAAUCAAGGGCCCCAAAAUCGAUGUUGACAUCGGUAUGCCUCAAGUGGACGUUUCUCUUCCGGAAGCUGAGCUCCACAUUGAGAAGCCAGAGGUGAAAGGAGCAGAUAUUACCAUAUCAGCACCAGAUGUAAAGAUUCCAACAGGCUCGGCCACCCUGGAACUCAAAGCUCCCGAAGUAGACGUAGAGGCUCCCUCUGGAAAAGUUUCUGCGCAGGGCCCCGAUCUUAAGCUGGAAAGCGGGGAUAGGAAGUUCCAAAUGCCCAAGUUCCAUAUGCCCAAAUUUGGAAUUUCACAUCCCAAAGGAAAAGGUAUCCCGGAGGCAGAAAUGAGCGUACCUUCUUUGGAAGCAGAGCUGCCAAAGACAGAAUUGAAAGCAGAAGUUUCACUGCCCACUGCAGAGAUUGAGACCGAUCUUAAGCUUCCACAAGUGGAGGUAGAUGCCCCUCGCUUAGACAUGGAUAUUGGAGAUAAGGGCAAAAUCAAAAUGCCUGAAGUGAAGCUGCCUAGUGUCAAGGUCCCGAAGCUCAAAGGGCCAGAAGCAGGGGGCACCCAGCCAAAGAUUGAGACUGAUAUCACCCUUCCCAAAGGGAAAGUUGAAGUUUCUGUUGGUACAGCAGCCAUAAAAUUGCCAGAGGCUGAAGGCACCAUCGAUGGGGGAGGACUGAAGAUGCACAAGCCAAAAUUCAAGAUGCCCAGCAUGGGAUUCUCUAAACCAGACAUCAAGGGCCCCAAAAUCGAUGUGGAUGCCAGUAUGCCUAAAGUGGACGUUUCGCUUCCGGAAGCUGAGCUCCACCUUGCGAAACCGGAGGUGACGAAAGGUGAUAUGACCAUAUCAGCACCAGAUGUAAAGAUUCCAAUGGGGUCAGGUAAACUAGAACUCAAAGCUCCCGAAGUAGACGUAGAGGCUCCUUCUGGAAAGGUUUCUGUGCAGGGCCCCGAUCUUAAGCUGGAAAGCGGGGAUAGGAAGUUCCACAUGCCCAAGUUCCAUAUGCCCAAAUUUGGAAUUUCACUUCCCAAAGGUAAAGGUAUCCCAGAGGCAGAAAUCAGUGUACCUUCUGUGGAAGCAGAGUUGCCAAAAACAGAAUUGAAAGCAGAAGUGUCACUGCCCUCUGUAGAGCUUGAGACUGAUCUUAAGCUUCCACAAGUGGAGGUAGAUGCCCCUCGCUUGGACAUGGAUAUUGGAGAUAAGGGCAAAAUCAAAAUGCCUGAAGUGAAGAUGCCUAGUGUCAAGGUCCCAAAGCUCAAAGGGCCAGAAGUAGGGGUCACCCUGCCAAAGGUUGAGACUGACAUCACCCUUCCCAAAGGGAAAGUUGAAGUGUCUGAUGGUGCAGUGGCAGUAAAAUUGCCAGAGGCUGAAGGCACAAUCGAUGGGACAGGACGGAAAAUACACAUGCCAAAGUUUAAGAUGCCCAGCAUGGGAUUCUCUAAACCAGACAUAAAGGGCCCCCAAAUCGAUGUGGAUGUCAGUAUGCCUAAAGUGGACGUUUCUCAUCCUGAGGUUGAGCUCCAUGUUGAGAAGCCAGAGGUGAAGGGAGCAGAUAUUACCAUAUCAGCACCAGACAUAAAGUUUCCAACAGACUCAGCCAGCCUGGAACUCAAAGCUCCUGAAGUAGACAUAGAGGCUCCUUCUGGAAAGGUUUCUGCGCAGGGCCCCGAUCUUAAGCUGGAAAGCGGGGAUAGGAAGUUCCAAAUGCCCAAGUUCCAUAUGCCCAAAUUUGGAAUUUCACAUCCCAAAGGAAAAGGUAUCCCGGAGGCAGAAAUGAGCGUACCUUCUUUGGAAGCAGAGCUGCCAAAGACAGAAUUGAAAGCAGAAGUUUCACUGCCCACUGCAGAGAUUGAGACCGAUCUUAAGCUUCCACAAGUGGAGGUAGAUGCCCCUCGCUUGGACGUGGAGAUUGGAGAUAAGGGCAAAAUCAAAAUGCCUGAAGUGAAGCUGCCUAGUGUCAAGGUCCCGAAGCUCAAAGGGCCAGAAGCAGGGGGCACCCUGCCAAGGAUUGAGACUGAUAUCACCCUUCCCAAAGGGAAAGUUGAAGUUUCUGUUGGUACAGCAGCCAUAAAAUUGCCAGAGGCUGAAGGCACCAUCGAUGGGGGAGGACUGAAGAUACACAAGCCAAAAUUCAAGAUGCCCAGCAUGGGAUUCUCUAAACCAGACAUCAAGGGCCCCAAAAUCGAUGUGGAUGCCAGUAUGCCUAAAGUGGACGUUUCCCUUCCUGAAGCUGAGCUCCACCUUGCGAAGCCGGAGGUGACGAAAGGUGAUAUGACCAUAUCAGCACCAGACGUAAAGAUUCCAAUGGGGUCAGGUAAACUGGAACUCAAAGCUCCCAAAGUAGACGUAGAGGCUCCUUCUAGAAAGGUUUCUGUGCAGGGCCCCGAUCUUAAGCUGGAAAGCGGGGAUAGGAAGUUCCAAAUGCCCAAGUUCCAGGUUCCACAAUUUGGAACAUCACUGCACAAAGGGAAAGAUGACCCAGAAGUAGAAAUCACUGUACCAUCCAUUGAAGCAAUCAUCCCCCAAAGUGGAUUAGAGGUCACAAUUCCAUCUGCAGUGCUUGAAGCUGACAUUAAGUUGCCAAAAAUGGAGGCACAGACCCCCACUCUAGAAAUGGGAAUUGGGGAGAAGAGCAAAAUUAAAAUGCCUCUGGCUUUGCCGCAGCCAGAGAUUACAUUCGAAAAUGGAGAUACUACAUUUAAAAUUCCCAGGUUCCAUAUGCCCAAGUUUGGAAUUUCAGUGUCCCAAGGGAAAGGUGUCCCAGACGAAGAAGACACUGUAUCAUCUGUGGAUGUGGACCUCACCAAAACAGAACUGAAAAGGGAAGUCACAUUGCCCUCUGUAGGUUUACAAACUGGCAUUAAAGUCCCAGAUGUGGAAGUAGUGGACCCCAGAGUGGAUAUGGAGGUUGGAGAUGAGGGCAAAAUCAAAAUGCCUGGAUUGAAGAUGCCUAGUAUCAAGGUCCCAAAGCUCAAAGGGCCAGAAGUAGGGAUCUCCCUACCAAAAGUUGAAGCGGAUAUCUCCCUUCCCAAAGGAAAAGCCGAAGUGUCUGAUGGUUCAGCAUCCAUAAAAUUGCCAGAGGCUGAAGGCACCAUUGAAGGAGAAGGGCUGAAGAUACACAUGCCCCAUUUCAAGAUGCCCAGUAUGGGAUCCUCCAAACCAGACAUCAAAGGCCCCAAAGUCGAUGUAGAUGUCAGUAUGCCUAAAAUGGACAUUACUCUUCCUGAAGCUGAGCUCCAAGCUACCAAAAGUAAGUUGCAAGUAGGCAAACCUACAGGCGACAUGAUUUCUUCCACUGACACAAAAAUUCCAAUGGGGCAAACGUCUGUGGAAAUAAAACCAAUUGACUUCGAAAUAGAGGUGCCUUCCAGCAAGAUGACUGUGAAAGACCCCAAGGUUGAAAUGGAGAGUACAGAUAGCAAGUUCAAAAUGCCCAAAUUUUCAAUGCCCAAAUUUGGAAUUUCACUGCCUAAAGGGAAAGGUGUCCCAGAGGCAGAAAUCAGUGUACCUUCUGUGGAAACUGAUCUCCACAAAACAGGACUAAAAGCAGAAGUCACUCUACCCUCAGCAGAAAUUGAAGCUGACAUUAAACUGCCAAAAGGGGAGGUAGUGGUCCCAAGCCUGGACAUAGAAGUUGGCGAUAAGGGAAACAUCAAAACUGCUGGGGUAAAGAUGUCUAGCAUCAAGGCACCAAAACUUGAAGCACCAGAAGUAGGGAUCUCUGUACCAAAGGUAGACACUGAUAUCUCACUAACAAAAACAAAAAUUGAACUGCCUCAUGAUGCAGCAACUAUCAAACUUCCACAAACUGAAAGCACAAUUGAAGGUGGAGGGAUUAAGAUACACAUGCCAAAGUUCAAGAUGCCUACCAUGGGAUUCUCCAAACCAAACAUCAAGGAUCCCAAAGUUGAUGUGGAUAUUAAUAUGCCUAAAGUGGACAUUUCUCUUCCUGAAGCUGACCUCCAUGCUGACAAACCAGAGAUAAAGGGAGAUAUUACUAUAUCAGCCCCAGAAGUAAAGAUUCCAAUGGGCUUAGCCAGCCAGGAAUUUAAAGCUCCUGAUGAAGAAACAGAGACUCCAUCCAGAAAGGUUUUUGUGCAGGGUCCUGAUGUUAUGCCUGAAGGAGGGGAUAUUACAUUCAAAAUUUCAAAAUUCAGAAUGCCCAAAUUUGGAAUUUCACUGCCCAAAGGAAAAGGCAUCCCUGAGGAAGAAAUCAGCAUACCUUCUGUGGAAGCAGAGCUACCAAAGAAAGAAUUGAAAGCAGAAGUGACACUCCCCUCGGCAGAGCUUGAGACCGAUCUUAAGCUUCCACAAGUGGAGGUAGAAGCCCCUUGCUUGGACGUGGAGAUUGGAGAUAAGGGCAAAAUCAAAAUGCCUGAAGUAAAGAUGCCUAGUGUCAAGGUCCCGAAGCUCAAAGGGCCAGAAGUAGGGGUCACCCUGCCAAAGGUUGAGACUGACAUCACCCUUCCCAAAGGGAAAGUUGAAGUGUCUGAUGGUACAGCGGCAAUAAAAUUGCCAGAGGCUGAAAGCACCAUCGAUGGGGCAGGACGGAAGAUACACAUGCCAAAGUUCAAGAUGCCCAGCAUGGGGUUCUCUAAACCAGAAAUCAAGGGCCCCAAAAUCGAUGUUGACAUCGGUAUGCCUCAAGUGGACGUUUCUCUUCCGGAAGCUGAGCUCCACAUUGAGAAGCCAGAGGUGAAGGGAGCAGAUAUUACCAUAUCAGCACCAGAUGUAAAGAUUCCAACAGGCUCGGCCACCCUGGAACUCAAAGCUCCUGAAGUAGAUGUAGAGGCUCCUUCUGGAAAGGUUUCUGUGCAGGGCCCCGAUCUUAAGCUGGAAAGUGGGGAUAGGAAGUUCCACAUGCCCAAAUUUCAUAUGCCCAAAUUUGGAAUUUCACUUCCCAAAGGAAAAGAUAUCCCAGAGGCAGAAAUCAGUGUACCUUCUGUGGAAACAGAGUUGCCAAAAACAGAAUUGAAAGCAGAAGUGUCACUGCCCUCUGCAGAGCUUGAGACCGAUCUUAAGCUUCCACAAGUGGAGGUAGAAGCCCCUCGCUUGGACGUGGAGAUUGGAGAUAAGGGCAAAAUCAAAAUGCCUGAAGUAAAGAUGCCUAGUGUCAAGGUCCCGAAGUUCAAAGGGCCAGAAGUAGGGGUCACCCUGCCAAAGGUUGAAACUGACAUCACCCUUCCCAAAGGGAAAGUUGAAGUGUCUGAUGGUGCAGCGGCCGUAAAAUUGCCAGAGGCUGAAGGCACCAUCGAUGGGGCAGGACGGAAGAUACACAUGCCAAAGUUCAAAAUGCCCAGCAUGGGGUUCUCUAAACCAGAAAUCAAGGGCCCCAAAAUUGAUGUUGACAUGGGUAUGCCUCAAGUGGACGUUUCUCUUCCGGAAGCUGAGCUCCACAUUGAGAAGCCAGAGGUGAAGGGAGCAGAUAUUACCAUAUCAGCACCAGAUGUAAAGAUUCCAACAGGCUCUGCCACCCUGGAACUCAAAGCUCCUGAAGUAGACGUAGAGGCUCCUUCUGGAAAGAUUUCUGUGCAGGGCCCCGAUCUUAAGCUGGAAAGCGGGGAUAGGAAGUUUCACAUGCCCAAGUUUCAUAUGCCCAAAUUUGGAAUUUCACUUCCCAAAGGAAAAGAUGUCCCAGAGGCAGAAAUCAGCGUACCUUCUGUGGAAACAGAGUUGCCAAAAACAGAAUUGAAAGCAGAAGUGUCACUGCCCUCUGCAGAGCUUGAGACCGAUCUUAAGCUUCCACAAGUGGAGGUAGAAGCCCCUUGCUUGGACGUGGAGAUUGGAGAUAAGGGCAAAAUCAAAAUGCCUGAAGUGAAGAUGCCUAGUGUCAAGGUCCCGAAGCUCAAAGGGCCAGAAGUAGGGGUCACCCUGCCAAAGGUUGAAACUGACAUUACCCUUCCCAAAGGGAAAGUUGAAGUGUCUGAUGUUGCAGCGGCCAUAAAAUUGCCAGAGGCUGAAGGCACCAUCGAUGGGGCAGGACGGAAGAUACACAUGCCAAAGUUCAAGAUGCCCAGCAUGGGGUUCUCUAAACCAGAAAUCAAGGGCCCCAAAAUCGAUGUUGACAUCGGUAUGCCUCAAGUGGACGUUUCUCUUCCGGAAGCUGAGCUCCACAUUGAGAAGCCAGAGGUGAAGAGAGCAGAUAUUACCAUAUCAGCACCAGAUGUAAAGAUUCCAACAGGCUCGGCCACCCUGGAACUCAAAGCUCCUGAAGUAGAUGUAGAGGCUCCUUCUGGAAAGGUUUCUGUGCAGGGCCCCGAUCUUAAGCUGGAAAGCGGGGAUAGGAAGUUCCACAUGCCCAAAUUUCAUAUGCCCAAAUUUGGAAUUUCACUUCCCAAAGGAAAAGAUAUCCCAGAGGCAGAAAUCAGUGUACCUUCUGUGGAAACAGAGUUGCCAAAAACAGAAUUGAAAGCAGAAGUGUCACUGCCCUCUGCAGAGCUUGAGACCGAUCUUAAGCUUCCACAAGUGGAGGUAGAAGCCCCUCGCUUGGACGUGGAGAUUGGAGAUAAGGGCAAAAUCAAAAUGCCUGAAGUGAAGAUGCCUAGUGUCAAGGUCCCGAAGCUCAACGGGCCAGAAGUAGGGGUCACCCUGCCAAAGGUUGAAACUGACAUCACCCUUCCCAAAGGGAAAGUUGAAGUGUCUGAUGGUGCAGCAGCCAUAAAAUUGCCAGAGGCUGAAGGCACCAUCGAUGGGGCAGGACGGAAGAUACACAUGCCAAAGUUCAAGAUGCCCAGCAUGGGGUUCUCUAAACCAGAAAUCAAGGGCCCCAAAAUCGAUGUUGACAUCGGUAUGCCUCAAGUGGACGUUUCUCUUCCGGAAGCUGAGCUCCACAUUGAGAAGCCAGAGGUGAAGAGAGCAGAUAUUACCAUAUCAGCACCAGAUGUAAAGAUUCCAACAGGCUCGGCCACCCUGGAACUCAAAGCUCCUGAAGUAGAUGUAGAGGCUCCUUCUGGAAAGGUUUCUGUGCAGGGCCCCGAUCUUAAGCUGGAAAGCGGGGAUAGGAAGUUCCACAUGCCCAAAUUUCAUAUGCCCAAAUUUGGAAUUUCACUUCCCAAAGGAAAAGAUAUCCCAGAGGCAGAAAUCAGUGUACCUUCUGUGGAAACAGAGUUGCCAAAAACAGAAUUGAAAGCAGAAGUGUCACUGCCCUCUGCAGAGCUUGAGACCGAUCUUAACCUUCCACAAGUGGAGGUAGAAGCCCCUUGCUUGGACGUGGAGAUUGGAGAUAAGGGCAAAAUCAAAAUGCCUGAAGUGAAGAUGCCUAGUGUCAAGGUCCCGAAGCUCAAAGGGCCAGAAGUAGGGGUCACCCUGCCAAAGGUUGAAACUGACAUUACCCUUCCCAAAGGGAAAGUUGAAGUGUCUGAUGGUGCAGCGGCCAUAAAAUUGCCAGAGGCUGAAGGCACCAUCGAUGGGGCAGGACGGAAGAUACACAUGCCAAAGUUCAAGAUGCCCAGCAUGGGGUUCUCUAAACCAGAAAUCAAGGGCCCGCAAAUCGAUGUGGAUGUCAGUAUGCCUAAAGUGGAUGUUUCUCGUCCUGAAGUUGAGCUCCAGGUUGGGAAGCCAGAGUUGAAGGGAGCAGAUAUUACCAUAUCAUCACCAGACGUAAAGAUUCCAACAGGCUCGGCCACCCUGGAACUCAAAGCUCCUGAAGUAGAUGUAGAGGCUCCUUCUGGAAAGGUUUCUGUGCAGGGCCCUGAUCUUAAGCUGGAAAGAGGGGAUAGGAAGUUCCAAAUGCCCAAGUUCCAUAUACCCAAAUUUGGAAUUUCACUUCCCAAAGGAAAAGGUAUCCCAGAGGCAGAAAUCAGCGUACCUUCUGUGGAAGCAGAGCUGCCAAAGACAGAAUUGAAAGCAGAGGUUUCACUGCCCUCUGCAGAACUUGAGACUGAUCUUAAGCUUCCCCAAGUGGAGGUAGAUGCCCCUAGCUUGGUAGUGGAGAUUGGAGAUAAGGGAAAAAUCAAAAUGCCUGAAGUGAAGAUGCCUAGCGUCAAGGUCCCCAAACUCAAAGGGCCAGAAGUGGGGAUCUCCUUGCCAAAGGUUGAAACUGACAUCACCCUUCCCAAAGGAAAAGCUGAAGUGCCUGAUGCUGCAGCGGUUGUAAAAUUUCCAGAGGCUGAAAGCACCAUCGAUGGGGGAGGACUGAAGAUACACAAGCCAAAGUUCAAGAUGCCCAGGAUGGGAUUCUCCAAACCCGACAUUAAGGGCCCCAAAAUCGAUGUGGAUGUCAGUAUGCCUAAAGUGGACGUUUCUCUUCCCGAAGCUGAUCUCAGUCCUGCCAAACCUGAGCUGAAACUGGGCAAAUCUGUGUGUGAUAUUGAUAUUUCUGUCCCAGAAAUAAUAAUUCCAACCGGGCAAGGUUCCUUGGAAGUGAGAUCUCCUCACCCAGAAAUUGAGCCUCCUUCCUCCAUGGCUGUGCAUGUGCCUGAUGUUCAACUUGAAAGUGGGGAUGGUAAAUUCAAAAUGCCCAAGUUUCAAAUGCCCCAAGUUGGAAUUUCAAGGCCCAAAGGAAAAGGUUUUUCAGAGGGAGAAAUCACCAUACCUUCCAUGGAAGGAGACCUCCCCAAAACAGGACUUAAAAUGGAAUUCACAUUGCCCUCUUCAGAGCUCAAGGCUGACAUUACUGUUCCAAAAGUGGACAGGGAGGCCCCAAGCCUGGAUGUGGAAGUUGAAGAGAAGGGCAAUAUCAAAGCCCCUGGGAUGAAGUUGCCUAGUGUCAAGCCCCCCAAGUUCACUACACCAGAAGUAGGCAUCUCCCUUCCAAAGGUUGAGGCGGACUUCUCCCUUCCCAAAGGUAAAGCUGAACUGCCUGAUUCUGAGGCUGCCUGCAAAGUGGAGGAAGCAGAAGGUAGCCGUGAGAAAGGCAGGAUGAAAAUACACAUGCCAAAGUUCAAGAUGCCCAGUAUGGGAUUCUCUAAAUCUGAUAUCAAGGGCCCCAAAAUAGAUUCAGAUGCCAGCAUGCCUGAUGUUCACACUUCUCUUCCAAAUGUUGAGCUCAGCACUACAAAACUCCAGCUUAAGGCAGAUGAAUUUGAGGGCGACAUCAGAAUAGCAGCCCCUGAAGUAAAAAUUCCAUGGGUCCCAGUCACUGUGGAACUCCAAGCUCCUGACGUAGAAGUACAAGCUUCUUCAGGAAAAGUUCCAGAUAUUGCUAUUGGCCUAUUCAAGGACGUGGAUGAUCCCCAGCUGAAAACAACAAUGGAUAUUAUUGAUAUUGCAGUGGAAGCUACAACACUUGAAAUGGAGUCGGAUGUACUUGGUGAAAAAAAGGAUGUCUUGGAACAGAAAAUAAAAAUGUCCCAAAUUAUUAGAGCUGAUGUGAAGACUGCAGCAGUAGGCAUACCAUCUGUUGAUAUUUCUGUCGCACAGUCAGAGAUAAGCACUCAGGAUUUACAUGGUGCAGCUAAGGAACCAGAAGCUAAGGGACAGAUAACUAAGAGAGGAAGUUUAGAGGGAGAAGAAAAAGGACAUUUCAAAAUGCCAAAAUUCAAAUUGCCAUCAUUGAGCUGGUCCCCUAAAAAGGAAGCAAGCCUUAAAACAAGUAUAAAAGAACCUGUGGAAGAAUCUCAUCUUGGCAUAGUAUCAGAUGAUACAGGCACAGAACCAAAAGUAACUAUUUCAGAAGAUCAAGGAGUUCAUACUGAUGGAAAUGUAGACAUAGCCACCAAAAAAGGUCAAGUAAAAAGACCUCAUUUAAUUAUGCCCAAAAUCUCACUGUCUAAGACAAAGGUACCAAAAGCAGAGGUAGAUAUAGUAGUUGAAGGUGAUGGAGCUUUGGUGCAAAUACCUGACAUAGAAAGCAGUUUUACUACAAGAAACGUAGAGGAAACAGAAAUAAGUGUAAAAAUGCUGAAAGGUGAAAUCAAAGAAAUCAAAACAUUACAGACAGAUACAGAUAUAAGCUUACCCAAGGUGUCCAUGACAAAAAGUGCAUUUGAACAGACAUGUUUAGAAACAGAGGUCAAAGGUGACAUUUAUAUGGACAGUGCAAGUAUGAAAUCUGAUGGUACAGAGGGGGAGUUUAGGAUGCCAAAACUGAAAAUGCCAAAGUUUGGCAUUUCAGAACUGUCAGAAAGUGCAAUUUCAGAUCUGUCAGGCAGUGGAAUCACUUCAUCAAAACCGGAAUCUGAUGCCUCUCAGUUUCAAAUGACUACAGAAUCUGAUGAACCUGGUGAAAAAGCUCAGCUCUUACAAGUUAAAAGUGAUGAAGGAAUUUCUGAAGAAAUUCAGACUGAGGAAUCUCAGAGUUGGUUUAAAAUGCCCAAAUUCAAAAUGCCUUCAUUUGGUCGAACUUCAAAGCCAAAAAAAAGUGAUGCUGAAACUGAAGACAUCACUGGAGAAGCUCAUGUUACUGAAUUACAAGUUGACGUAAAAUAUCCUGAAGUUGUAACCAUCUCAAGGGAACUUGACAGUGAAAAAAACAUCUCGGAACAAAAAGUCAUGCUUCCUCAAGAGGAUGUUAGAGUGCAGAAAGAACAGCAGUCUACCACCAAAGUGGGUGAAGGCAGUUUUUUACAGUCCUCAGAAAAAAUUGGCAGGAAACCUAGUGACCUGGAGGCCAAAAUGUAUGCUGAUAUAGUUAAAGAUGGCACAGAAGGACAAAGUUCUCAUACUGAGUUCAUUGGCACUAUCCCAAAGAUGGAUAUUGAUAGCAGCAUCUCUAAAAGUGAGAUGACCAUUCAGCAACCAGAAGUUAUACCAGACACUAUGAUAGUGGCUGAGAUACCAUCUACUGAAAUUACUAUGGGAAAGAAAAUCGAUGCUACUAUUACAGACCCAGAAAGCCUUGAUACACAACCUGAAGCAAUGGGGACUGAAAAGAAGUCACCCAAAAAGGAUUCUCAGGGAAAAGAAAGUAUAUUCAAAAUGCCAACAUUCAGUGUGCCUUUGUUUGGAUGGUCUACCACAAAGAGCAAUGCCAUUGUUCCCGGUAUUGAAUCUGACUUAGAAGAGCCUGCCGUUACUCUUUCCAAAGUUAAAAUGGAUGUUUCAAUCACUGAUGAAGACUUUGAAAUCAUUGAUUUCCCAGUUGAGGGCUUUGAAAAAGAUUUGCCUAAAGAAAGUGAAGUGAAAGCAGAAGAGAAAGAAAAAACAAGUAAAACAAAAGGAUCUAAAUUCAAGAUACCAAAAUUUGCCAACUUGCGCAGUAAAUCUCAGGGUGUAGAAAUUCAGGUUGAUUCGUCAAAAGUGCAGACUGAGGUGUUAUUAGUUAGACCGGAGGGAGAAACAUCAGAAAUCCAAGUUCAGGAAAAAAAACCUGGAGAUGCAGAAGAAAGUUUCCAAAUGCCCAAAUUCAAAAUGCUCAAGUUCACACAUACAAUUUCUGAAGGAGAAGAACUGACUUCAGAAGAGACAAUGGAUAUAAAGGAUACUGCUGAUGAUGAUAUUUCUCAAUUGCAGUUCAAGGCAAUGUUCCCUGAAGAGAAAGGAGAUGAUAUUCAGAAAUCAAAAGUCAGAAUUACAACAUUGUCUGAACCUGCCAUUCAGAGACCACAAAUUGGAAGUAAAUUCCAAUCUACAGACUCUUCUUUUGUUGAUACAACAGUGUAUGUGCAUAAACAAGUGCCAAAGGAAUUUAGUGCUGAAUUUCUUAAAGAGAAAAUAGAGAUUAUGGACGGUAAUGUUCAAAAGUCAAUCGCUAAAAUUACAACACUGAAGGAGCCAGAUAUUCAAAGAGCACCACUUGAAAUUAAACUUCAGCCUAAUGAUCCAUUUAGUUCAAGUGCACCAGUGCGGGUUAAAGGAUCAAUUGCUAAAAGUAAAGAAAUAAAGAUGGAAAGUAAAUCUACCUUUGGCUGUGGUGAUGUUGCUGAAAUACAGGAAUCUUUCUCCACUCAAGUAGUCAAAGAAUCUGAGAUUUCUCCAUCAGACGUUCAAACUGCUGCCUUUGGAUUUUCGCUUCUCAAAGUGAAAAUCCAGGAAUCACACGUGAGCUUAAAUGUACCAGUCAAGUUAUCUUCUACAAAAUGUAUGGGUGAAAUAUUUGAGGAUAAGGAUCAUCAACUUUCAGAUACAGGAGAAGCAGCACCAAAGGCUGGUUUGAGUGAAGUGAAACCAUCUGAUAAAGAUAAGGAUUUAAUUUAUGAAUAUGUUGAAGGAACAUCAUCUGCUGCAACACUGACAACACUUAAAUCCUUUACAGUUGACAUACAGUCUUCUAGUGAAUUUGCAGAGAGUCACUCUGAGUCAAUAGAGAUAGCUAAAUCUGCUAUAGAAACUACAGAGGAAACAACAUUUAUAAGUAGCACAGAAGAGGUCACAGAUGAAAAAGAUAGUAAGAGAUCUGGUAGAUUUAAACUUUGGUUUCCAAGCGUUGGGUUUUCUCCCACUACAGAUGACACAAUAUCAGAUUCAAAACCUGAAGCUCAACAAAAAGUUCAGCCUGAUGAUUCAUCCAAAUUAGACAGUGAUACUGCCAAAGAAACUGAAAAAACAGGAUGGUUUAAAUUUCCCAAGUUAGGUUUUUCAUCUCCAACAAAAAAGAACAAGGAAACGGGCAAAGAAAAGGAAACAGAUUCAAAAGAAGGAAAGGGUGAAGGAAGUCCAACAGACAAAAACGAAACUUUCUUUGAUGCUCAGGAAACCUUAUCAUUCAAAGAGAAAGAAGAAAAUGAAACCUCGGGUGAUAUACCAUCCGAGCCCAUUGUUUCAUCUUCAGCAAGAACUGAAUUGAUCCUCUUAGAGAAAGGGAAAGCCGAAGCCAAACAGAUUCCUGAAGACUCAUCAAAAUAAAAUUGUUUCUUCCUCCACAUAAAUAAAAGUACAAUAUCAUCUUGAAAAAUAUUUUUUAAAGAAUCAGAAAAUAAUAUUGCCUUUAUUUCAGCAAAAUAAAUAUAAUGCUACCUUAAAAUGAUCUUUAAAAUACUUUAUAUUGCAAUACUGUUUAUAAGUUCAAGGAAUAGUCUUUCAUGUCUUCACAGAAACAAGUAUUACCUGCAGUAUGAAAUACAUGUAUGAGAAAAUCCAGACAGAUGAUGAACCCUACCAUUGAUUAAAGAUAUACAUAGUUCCAGUGAAACCAACCAAGAUACUGUCCGCUAAUUUCUGUAAAGAUAUUCUUUUGCCAGAUCUAUUUUAGAGAAACCAAAGCAAAGCAAGAGAUUAAAUAUACCGUUCUGAAAAUUACAGUGAUUUUGUGUGGGAUUAUUUGCAAAAAGUAAUAAGAAAUUAGUGCUGAGAGAAAUAGAAAUAUAUUUCUCCUUUUUUAGAUUUUAUUUUUUUAACUACAUUUACGCUGCUAUCUUAUUAAAAACAUCAUUCUUAGACUACUCAGAUUAUUGUAAACUAGAUAAAUGGAAGUAACAAAUAUUAUAAAAGUUACACUCUUGAGACUUUUUUCACUCAAUAAAAUUAAUUGAGUCAGUCAAAAAUAAUAUCUGGAUUUGCACAGCCUAAAUUUGAUUAGUUUUAAACAUAUUUUUUUCUAAUUUUUCUGUGAUGUGAACCCAAUCCAUUUCUACAAGCCAAGAAAAUGGGUUGAUUCAGUAGCAUGCUUGGUAAAUAAAGCCCAUCAUCUUAUCCACAGUUCAGGUGAAUUAUUGAGAGCUACAGCAAUUGUGUAUUAUAAAUCUAAGUUAUUGCCUGUGGUGACUUAGUGCCAUAUUUUCCAUUAUAUUGUGCUGAUUUCUUUUUUUAUAAAUAUAUAACUAACAAAAUACAUAUCUAUUUAAAAAUUAUACUAAUUUAUGACAAGAAUGUAGAAUAUAUUCUGGUUAUGCUGCCAAUAUGGCAAUAAAAGCAGUAUUGUUUGUAUUGUGAUAAUCAUCUGAUUAUAAAAGUAAUACUAUCUUAGCCACAUGAGGAUGUGCUUAUCUGACGAUGCUGGAAGUCUUAAAUAAACCUAUGCUUGAGUCAUAGGGUCAGAACUCCUAGUGUAUUUGUGAAGAGAAGCAACAUAU